AUGUCCCAAUACGUUACCAAAGCUAAGCAGAUUAUUAGUUCUCACAAGUUUGUUCAAUUGACCGCUAGCUGGUGCCCAGAUUGUGUGUAUGCGAAGAGCGUGUGGAACAAAUAUGGUGUCACCGACAAAGUGUACUUCUUUGAAAUUUCUGGUUUUAGCAGGGACGAGCAAGCUAAAUACAGAGAUGCCUUCCACCAAGUUUGUGGUGUAAGAAAUCUCCCUACGAUCUUCGUUGAUGGUUCUGUUUGGGGCACUGAGCGUGAAUUGCACAAGUUCGAGAGAUCAGGUAAACUAGAGGAGGAAUUGAAACGCAUUGGUUUGUUAAAUUAA